GUACAUAUUUUAUAGGAUUAACUCUUUUUUACAAAUGUAAGUCUAUAUCCAUUAAUGCACUAGUUCAAUAAAGCAGGUAAAACGACCCAAGAAAAAAAUAUUCGCAGUUUCAGUAAAGACCGCCACAGCAGCAACAGGAAAACAUCAUGUUAUUGAGCAGAGUAAAUGUUGAGCGGAUUUUGGCCCUCAUUGUAGGGUGUCUCGGGAUGAUAGCCGCGGGCUCCGUCUAUGCUUUUGGGGCCUACAUCAAUGCCGUUAAAGCCCAUUUCAACUACACACAAUCCCAAGUGGAAAUUCUCGGAUCAAUGUCUAAUUUUGGAAUCUCUCUUGGUUUUCCUGCUGGAAUGAUGUGUGAGAGAUUUGGUCCGAGAUGGACCUCAUUGGCUGCUUUACUCAUUGCCUCACUCGGAUACUCUCUUCUUUAUAGCACCACCCUGACACAGCCGUUUUACCACAAAAAUGUCUGGCUUCAGUAUAUUUACUUUUUCAUAUCAGGAUUUGGAUGUAUAUUUAUGUACAUGGCAUCAUUAACGACCAGUAUGAAUAACUUUCAUCCCAAACACCGGGGCAAGGUGGUGGGUAUCCUUGAUGCCUCUUUUAGCGGGGGACCGGCACUGUUCUCUGCACUGUAUGGAACGGUUUUCGCUGUAGGCCACACAAAGGACGAAGAAAACCAGAACCUUGGAGGUUUUUAUCUCAUGACAGCUAUAGCAUUUGGUGUUGUUGGAGCUCUUGGGAUACUUUUGCUGAAACAUGUGACGUUUGAUAUAGACAUUGAAGUGAGUAAAAUUAUCAACGCUGACGGUGGGGAGGAGGAGGAGGAUCAAAGGACAACUGUACAGGCAAAACCCGAGCAGAGAGAAAUCACAGGGGUAAAGUUAAUCCGGAGGUUUGAUUUCCACUACUUACUCUGGGCUUACAUCUUCUGUGCUGGCCUGCAGCUGACGUUUCAAAACAACCAGGGAACCUACCUUAAAUCGUACAAUCUGGAGAAAUACACCACACUUUUUACGACAUUGAAUCCCAUUGCUGGAAUUGUUUCCAAAUUUUUUGCCGGUUUUCUUUCGGACGCCAUAAUGCACAAAGUUCCGAGAGCCGGGGUACUCUUGAUUUUCAAUGUGGUGCAAACAAUAUGCCUUGGAUUGUGUAUAUUCUUUUCUGACAACCUCGUUCUAUUCACCAUUGUAGAUAUAGUUAUAGGUUUUGCGAAUGGCGCCCUCUGGUGUCUAACACCUACAAUGAUAAGUGAAUUCUACGGCAUGAAGAAUUUUGCCCGAAAUUGGGGAACCAUGAUGCUUGGAAAUGCUUUCGGUGGCCUUGCAAUGCAGGAGAUAUUCGGUGCUUUAUAUGAUCUGAAAACGGACUCAGACAAUCAGUGUUUCGGCCUGCAUUGCUUCACAUGGAGCUUUAUAAUGAUCACAGUUUUAAGUUUAUGUGCAACCGUAUUUCACUUUGGACUGCUGCAGAAAAAGCUUGAUGAAACGAAAUACGAGGGUGAGAAUGAUUAUGUCGAGAUGUGCUGUACACCAGAUGGACAAAACGAAACUUCAUUGAAAUACUGAAGUAAGAACUGCCAUGUUUGGUAUAAAUGAAAUGCCCAGCAACGACGCUGUCCCCUAAUGACCACGUACACGGGAUAAGAUAGGAGGACAAACGUGAAUCAGUGUUACUGCAUGAAACAAAGUCUGUGUGGAAUUUUGCAUAAAACAAAAUGUCGCCGAUACUCCUUAUAACAUACUACAUGAAGUAUGUGAUAAAACAAAGGACUAUGUACUGUUUGAGCCUAAAAUGGCCCCCUAAAAUGAACGUUGUCAUUUGACUGUAAUUCUUUGUUUAAUUUGUACACAUAUACAUUUGAAGUUUGUUCAUAAUUUCAUUUCGAAUUUAGUGCCCACAAUUUAUAAAUAUGACAUCAUAAAAUUUACAUUUUCCCGCCAUUUUCUCAUUUUUAGCAUAAAACGGCUUGUUUUGAGGCAGUUUUUCUUUAAGGAAACAUUGAGCGACUACUUGAACAAAAAAAAAUAUUUUCACCAAAGAUGUAUCUUCCCAAUACUUAUAAGUGACAUAAAGUUCGUUCUUGUUCAAAGAGUCGCUCUAUAUUUCCCAUUCGAAAAAAGAUAAGAAAAAUGUCAAUUUUUGGUUGAUUUUGAUUGAAUUAUAAAAAUAGCGUCACUUCUGACGUCAUAUACUGCCAGUGAGUGCAUAUAAAUCAAAUAAAUAGGUGAAAAACAUAUAUUAUAUGUAAACUCUUUUAUAAAAUAACACAACAAAUUAAUGUACCUGAAUCAUUUCAAAAGUAUCGGAUUUUUGGGGGCCAAAUUUGACUAAUAUCAUAUAUAUUUCUUUGUUUUAUUAACAAGGGUUAAAUAAAUUGUAUAAAUUAUA